CUCGACCUUGGUGCUCAAAUACACUCCCUGCGAUUUAUCCAUUUGUUCAGUCUCACUACUGGGAUGUGGGAUUUUUACGAUAUUGGAAACUUGCCCAAAUUCCGAAUUUCAUAAUAUCUAUCCCACUUUACUUUCUUUCUUUUUCUGGCAUCUCAACAUAUUACAGAUCCUCAAAACCCAAUACUUCUCGACCUUUCCUAAGAUCUCGAUUGAUGAUUUACAUUCAUUUACAAUUAAUCUUGACGAUGAUCUUAUUCUUCAAUUCACAUGUUCAAAUCAUCUUACGUCAAGCUGCUAGUAUCCCUGGGAUUUGGUGGGCUCUUGCUGAUCAAGUGGGAUCGGGUUGGGGUUUAUGGCCUGGUGAAAAGACUGGAAAAUGGUGGUGGAUUUGGUGUGGUCUUUGGGGCCCGAUUAGUGUGUUACUCUGGAUAGGGUUCUAUCCUCCCGCUUGAUAAAUUCAGAACUUGUCAACCAAAAAUUUCAAUAUUCUCCCCUUUUGAGGCACAUGAUAAACUAAGAUAUAUGGUUUUGGAUCUUGACUUGAAUCUGCAGGUCCAGAAAUUUGUGAAGACUGCUUCAAUUUUUCAUGAUGUGAAUUUCUUUAGACUUUCUCAAAAGUAAAGCCCAUUGGUCUUUGUAAAUAUAUAAAACAAUUUGGGAAAGAUUACAAGGUUUUUUGUUGCCUGCAAUCUUGCAUUCUUUUUAGUGUGGUAGAUAUAGAAGAGUGACUCAAUCAUAUGAAAUAAGAACAUUGUGGGAUUGGUCAG